AUGUGCGGUGGUGCGAUCCUCGUCGACGUCAAACCGAGCACGCCGGCGCGCCGCAAGGAGAAGCAGCGCAAGGCCGACGACUUCGAGGCCGUUUUCCGGGAGUUCCAUGAGGAGGACGAGGAGAUGGUGGAGCCGGAGACCAAUCCCGCCCCCGCCCUCGUCUUCCGCGCCACCAAGCCCAUGGCGCACCAGGUGCAGCAGCAGACCGCGCUGAGCCGGCACCGGAACCCCGCGCGGUAUUACAGGGGCAUCCGUUGCCGCCCGUGGGGCAAGUGGGCCGCCGAGAUCCGCGACCCCGUCAAGGGCGUCCGCGUCUGGCUCGGCACCUUCCCUACCGCCGAGGCCGCCGCGCUCGCCUACGACCGCGCCGCGCGCCACAUCCGCGGGCCCAGGGCAAAGCUCAACUUCCCCUCCGCCGCCGGGGCCCCAGCCAGCCGCAAGCGCGCCCGCGCCGCCGACGCCGUCAUCGACCUCGUCGAGCAAGAGGAACAAGAGCAGCGCGCGGCGGCGGCGGCGGCGGCCGCCGUCUUGAAGCAGGAGGCCGCCGAGAGGAGCUUCGGCUCUAGCACACUCCCGGACUUCUCGUGGCAGGGUGUGUCGGCGGCUUACGACGAGGCCCCGAAGACCGAACCGGAGAGCACCGAAGACGAGGCGUCGCCCCGGGCCCCGGGCUCCGAGUUGGACGCGCUCCUCUUCGGCGACCUGCAGUUCUCCUUCUUCGACGCCGGCGCGUAUGAGUCACUCGACAGCAUGUUCUGCGCGGACAACCUGUCGUUUUAA